AGAAUCUAGACUGACUUGAUACAGCGGAAACCCAAUACAAUAUCGAGUUCUGUUCGUGGGCUACUACUGCUCAAGUGCUGAGCUAUUUCUCUAGGGUUAGUUGUUUUUUUUCUAAUCGCGUGGGUGUCGAUCUUUUCUUCUUCCUAUUCCAGUUUUCUUGAAUCUGUGACUGGACAGGGAUGGGUGAGACUGGUAAACGGUCUAGUUUCCAGAGGGAUAAUAGGGAUUAUGAUCGAGAUGGAAGAUGCCAAAACCGGAGGGAUCAAGAUGUGGAUGACAGGUAUCAGAAGAGACGGAGAGAAGAUAAAAGGGAUGAUGAGUUGAUUGUAUAUCGGAUACUAUGCCCCGAUAAUGUUAUAGGAAGUGUUAUUGGUAAAAGUGGUAAAGUCAUUAACACAAUUAGAGAAGACACUAGGUCAAAAAUCAAGGUUGUAGACCCAUUUCCUGGUGCUAAAGAAAGGGUGUUAACUAUAUAUUGCUAUGUUAGGGACAAGGAUGAUGUUGAGGUUGAUGAUGAUGAUGAAGACAUGGAACCUCUUUGUGCUGCACAAGAUGCCCUUUUAAGAGUUCAUGGUGCCAUUGCACAUGCUUUGGCUACCGUUAGAGGUGUUGAUAAUAAAGGAAGAGAUAAAGAACAGGCUCACAUUCUUGUUCCAACUAGUCAAGCUGCUAAUAUCAUUGGAAAAUCUGGUGCAACAAUCAAUAAAUUGAAAAGUAAGACAGGGGCAUACAUCAAAGUUUCACCCAAGGAUACUUCGGAUCCUACUCAUUCAUGUGCAAUGGAGUUUGACAACUUUGUUUUGAUCACAGGUGAUCCUGAAGCGGUGAAGAGGGCCCUGUUUGCAGUUUCUGCGAUCAUGUACAAGUUCACUGCAAAAGAAGUAGUCCCCCUCGAGGCUACGGUACCUGAAGUUGCCCCAAGUAUAAUCAUUCCAUCAGAGUUAUCUAUUUAUCCUGGUGGUGGAUUUUACCAGACUGCAGACUCUCUCAUUCCUCCUAGAUCUGUUUCCUCUUUUCUUGGUGCUUCACAGCAUUUGCCCGAGCUUCAUGGAUUCACAGACACUGGAAGUAGCUGGCCAGCUUAUUCACCUGGACUUCCUGUAGUAUCUAGCUAUGGUGGUUCAUCACGAACUGAGGAGUUAAAAAUAAGAUUGCUGUGCCCGCGUGACAAAAUUGGCCGUGUUAUUGGCAGGGGAGGGAGUACAAUUAAAAGUGCCAGGCAGGAAACAGGUGCUAAUAUCGAGGUUAAUGAUGCAAAGGAGGAUCGAGAAGAGUGCCUUAUUACUAUUCUUUCGACAGAGUCCCCAGACGAUCUUAAGUCCAUGGCAGUUGAAGCUGUUUUAACUAUGCAAGGAAAGAUAAAUGACAUUGAUAAUAGUGAUAGUGAUAUAAGCAUUCGCCUGCUAGUUCCAUCUAAGGUUAUUGGAUGCAUUAUUGGCAAAAGUGGUUCGAUCAUCAAUGAAAUACGUAAGAGAACUAAAGCUGACAUCCGCAUCUCAAAAAGUGAGAAGCCCAAGUGUGCCGACAGCAGGGAUGAACUUGUUGAGGUUGCUGGAGAGGUCGCUAAUGUGAGAGAUGCACUUGUGCAAAUAGUUUUGAGGCUGCGGGACGAUGCCUUAAAGGAUAAAGAAGGCAGUCGAAACCUUCCUACUGCUGAUUCUAUAUACCGAGGCAGUGGCGGUUUGUCGUUACCUUCAGUCUUACCAAGUAUUUCCCAAGUUUCUUCAUUGGGUUUUGACCAGAGGGUAGAAAAUGGAAGUGGCCUAGGCAUGCUGUCCUCCAGCAAUAACCUCUUUGCGUAUGGAUCCUUACCGGUUGGAGAGAGUGCCUACGGAUCUUUUUCUUCAUGUUCAGCUAAGCCAUUUUCGGGAUUGGCGCAACGCUCAGCUCUGGAAAUAUUGAUCCCUUCAGAUGCGGUCGGUAAAGUGAUGGGCAGACGUGGGGCAAACUUAGCGAACAUUAUGAGGGCUGCACAUUACACUCACGGGAAAAAUAUUGGAUAAUGCGAAUCCUAUGAUUUUAUUGAGAGCAGUGCUAAACCUAGGUUGUAUUUUGCUUUGACACCAAUAAUUGCACUUCUAAACGUGUUGAAAUAUUCCACACCCUUCUUCGCCUUCGAUUUUAAAGGCCCAGUGCGUAAUACAUAAAAUUACUCCAGAUAAGGCAAUUUCUCUCACUUGCAUCAAAUGACUUUUUCCCAGUUCCUACACAACUUGGGUCGGUAGAGGUUAUCUUACGCAAGCGAGCCUUGUUUUAACACAUUAAGUCGCAACACUAAGUUUGGUUGAGUACUGCUUACUCCUUGAUCCGAAGUGGCAAAUCUGAUGAUAGUCCUAUUGCAGAGGUGGCUUCACAGUAAGCUCUCCUUACCUGCACUCUAAGCUGAAUCCACUUCACCUUGUAAACUUCCCAUAUCUGCUCCCUGAACUCAGUCUAUUUAUCACAACUCAAUGGCAACGCCCUUCUGUAUAUGCCUUACAAGUCCAACUAAGACACCCCUCAAUACAUGAUUUUGAAAUAUACACAAGUGUGUUUUUUCUCAUCAUCUCAGUUUCCUGGUUAUGGACACGUAGUCACUCUAACAUGCUGAUUUUUGCCAGUUCCGUUUUUAUUUAUAUAUCCUGUUUCGUAGGAUUAAGUGGACUAGUGAGAACUGGUUUCUGUUCUCUGAGUCAAUCCUCCGUUCUAUUACAUAUUCAUCAUGCUAAUUAGCCCUCUUGGCCUACUAGGAUUUGUCUUUGGCCUCUCUUUAAUACCAUUGUUCCCGUGUUCGUUAUAUUCUUCGACCCCUUUCUCCAUGACCUUGCACCGUUGGCAUCUCAUCCAGUUCUGAUUUCUUU